GUGUGGCACCAUGGCCCAGAAUAACGGCACACAAGGUACCACUGAGGACUGCAACAACCAUAUGCUAUGCCCAGCAAACGCCAAGUGUGUGAACAACACCCACUGCACCUGCCUGGAUGGAUACCAGUCACAUGGGAAUCGCUUCUUCACCGACACAACGGAGAUCUGUGACGAUAUUAACGAGUGUCUGGGGCCGAGCCCGCCAGACUGCGGACACAGCGCACACUGCGCCAACGUGGCUGGGAGUUACUACUGCACCUGCAUCGAUGGCUACGAGCCCAGCUCUAGGAAAGCCAAAUUCAUGAACGCGAGUGAGAACACCUGCCAGGACAUCGACGAGUGCAAGAAGACCCCAGAUAUCUGCGGCCCCAAGGCCACGUGUGUCAACACCAACGGAAGCUACUGGUGUGAGUGCCAGGCUGGCUACGUCCCCUCCAACAGGAAUAGGACCCUGUGCAAAGGCCUGGGCCUUGUUUUGCAGAACCUCCAGGGCAGCUUCCAGGCACAGAUGGGACGUCUCUGCAAGGCGGCGCUGGAGGAGCUGAAGCAGAUGAACUCUCAGAACGCCAAAGGGAAGCUGCAGGGCUUCUUGGACAUUCUGGAGAAGCAGAUAAAUCUGGUCGGGCAGCAGAGCGAGAACGUGGAGCGGAGACACCGGAUUGCGACGGAGCUGAUGGCCAUAGUGGAGAAGCUGCUGAGAACGCUGGCCCUGACCCUGCCUGACAGCACGAUCAGCAUCGCAUCCCCCAACGGCACAGAGCUGGGGCUGGUGGUCAGGCAGGCUGGGAACCAGAGCCAGGAGACCGUGACGCUGCAGCAGAGCAAGACACAGAUGGAAUUAAAGUGGGCCAGAGCCCCAGGACAGAAAAAUGAAGGCUUCACGCUGGCCGGGCUGCUGACAUACCAGGGGAUGAGCCCCAUCCUGGACGGUGCUGGGCGGGUGGAGGUGCCCGAGUGGGACGAGAUCGGCCAGACGGGGAAGUGGUCGCAGGAGCCCGGGCGGCCCAGCUACCGUGUGCUGUCUCUGGUGGUGUCGGCCUUCAUCAGUGACCCGAACCCCCAGGCACGCGGCCUCUCCGUCAGCAUCCGCUUCAGCCACCCGGUGCCGGAGUCCAAGACCGACCUGCGCCUCCUCUGCGUCUUCUGGAAGCCUGACAGCAGGCGCUGGGCCACCGACGGCUGCACCCUGCAGAAGUUGAACGCCACCAUCACCCGCUGCCAGUGCAACCACCUGACCAGCUUCGCCGUGCUCAUGGCCUUCUACGAGCUGGAGGAAGCGACUCUCAGUUUCAACAUCAUCACCUACGUGGGACUGACCCUCUCCCUGCUGUGCCUCUUCCUCGCCAUCCUCACCUUCCUCCUGUGCCGCUCCAUCCGCAACGUCAGCACCUCCCUCCACCUGCAGCUCUGCCUCUGCCUCUUUCUGGCUGACCUGCUCUUCCUCGCUACCGUGACCCACCCCAGCAGUCAGGUGGCGUGUGCUGUCAUUGCUGGGCUCCUACACUACCUCUUCCUGGCCUGCUUCUCCUGGAUGUUCCUGGAGGGGCUGCACCUCUUCCUCACCGUCAGGAACCUGAAGGUCGUGAAUUACACCAGCGCCAGCCGGUUCAAGAAGAGAUUCAUGUACCCGUUCGGCUACGGAUUCCCAGCCCUGGUGGUGGCUAUUUCUGCAGCAGUGAAUCCUGACGGCUACGGAACUUCCACACACUGCUGGCUCAGCCUGGACAGAGGCUUUCGUUGGAGCUUCCUGGGUCCAGUCUGUGCCAUAAUCCUGAUAAAUAUAACGUGCUUUACCCUGACCCUGAGGAUCCUGAGAAACAGUCUCUCCUCCCUCAAUGCAGAUGUGUCCACCCUCAGAGACCACAGGUUACUGACCUUUAAAGCCAUCGCCCAGCUCUUCAUUCUGGGCUGCCCAUGGAGCCUUGGUCUCCUCCAAGUCGGCGCAGCAGCCACGGUCAUGGCGUAUUUAUUCACCAUCGUCAACAGCCUGCAGGGAGCCUUCAUCUUCCUGGUGCACUGUCUCCUCAAUCGCCAGGUGAGAGAGGAGUACAGGAGAUGGAUCAAGAGAUUCAGAAUGUUCAGUACAAAGUCUGAGACAUCCGAUCUAUCCAUGUCUGCUGUCCCCACCACCAGCACCAAGACGGUGGAGUUGGCAGCAACCAGGGCCGAGUUCAAUACGUAGGGGUUUCCAAUACAAAACCAAACCAUCUGGAGCCCCUGUGACGUUGCACUCCAUAUGCUUUAUGGAAAUAUGCUUAUGAAUAUGACAUAACUGGAAUAUACUUCACGCUAAAUACCCCUUGCAUGGUGUCUUUAGAAAGCUUAUCAUCGGCUAAGUGUGUUCAUCCUAUUUGUUUGCAUGUAUUAUUUCUAUAUCUGGACUUAGGAGAAUAAGAUAUAAACUUCUAUCACUGAUGAAAAACAUAGUAAGUGGAGGCCAUUAAGUUGUGAAUGGCCUUAGUUACUUGAAAGCCUCCCUGUGUACGCGUGGGCCAGCCCAUGGGGAAUGGAGACUGGGGAUCUUACAGUGACUUGUGCCCAUGUCACCUGAUAACAAAAUCCAUCUUAAAUCAUGUAUUUUCCAUUUAGAAGGAGGGAUGGAGGACCCAGAGAGACAAAGUCUGCAGCUCUGGGGGAAUGGUCCAGACCCUGGGUCUGUGUUGCAGCAGGCUAGCGUGUCUGGCUCAACGAGGCAGGGUUCUGGAGUCCCAAGCAGGCAGGGAAAACAUGCUCAAAGGUAAUGUCAGCACAUCAGGUGACAGUCCCAAGGGGAUCUCUGUGACCGAACCCGUCACACCCCCACCCAGUAAUCUGGGAAAAUUUCAGACCACCCCAGGUGCCUCUAAGAGGCAAUACAUCCCCUCUCACAAGCACUGAGUCUGUGUAAAAAGGGGAAAGAAAUCUGGCAGUAAUCUGGGAAUCCCCACAACCACAAUUUGAAAGCUUGUGACCAUGAGUAAGGCAAAGAUAUUUUUAAUAAAAAUCACGGCCAGUCGUGGGCAAUAAACAACAAUUCACGGAAGCCUGUGACCUGUCCUGACUUUCACUAAAAAUAUACUGACAAAAAGGGGAGGCAGGUUCAGCUCAGUGCCCACAGCUGCUGGAGCUCCGGGGUCCCCCACCACUGCUGCCCCACUUCGAAGUCCCCUGCUCCUCACGGCAGCUGAGCAGUUGUGGGGGAUCCCACCCCCUGCGGCAGCAGGGAGAUCCAGUUCCCCAUCACCUGCAGCAAGUGGGAAUUCUAGGGUCCCCCACUGCCCACCAGGGGCUGGGCUGCCGCAGGGUCCCCUCACCCUCCACAGUACCAGAGAGCUCCAGGGGGAUCCCCCCUCUUCCCACUGUGGCUGGGCAACUGCAGAGAGUCCCCCGCCACCAGCCACAGGGGAGCUAGUGACACUUGGUGGUGGAGACGGCCUUCCCCAUUCAUGCCACCACGCCCCACGCUGCCGCCUUCCACAGCAUCAAGAAGAUAAGCAAUGCGGCCGAGCCCCUCGGGGAGCAUCUGGGCCCGGGCAGCAGGGCCUCGCCAGGUAGGGCCCAGCGCAAGCAUCCAGGGGGUGGUCCCGUAGCCUUCCUCCCCCAUCAGGCUACGGAGCUCCCCGCCCCCUGAUCAGUUCUAGGGUGGGGAUUAUUGAGGGAUAGACCUAAUUGGAGGGGAAAGGCCUCAUAUUCGUGACCUUCAUGAUAUAAUCAUAGCCGUAUCCAUGAGCAAACUCCUACCCCAGAAUAUAUUGGGCAGUGUCCUUUGCCUCAGUUUCUCCCCUUGUGGUGUGAAAGUUUAACAAAUUCUCAGUUAACUUGCCUUUGCCCUUUCCUUCCCCUGCACCCCACUCACAGUUGCUGUCCUUGGUCGGCGAAGGCCCAGAGUUCAGAGCAUUCAUGUGAAUUCAACUCUUGCCAGUGGGGUGGGAGGUGGGGAAAUGGCAUCAAGAAAUGCCUCGGUCGCUGCUGCCACCACCAUGUAUACAACUGAGAGCUGGUCUGACCUACAGACCUCUAUCGGUAUAACUACAUCCCUCAGUAAAUCCACACACACCCACACCCUGUUGGACAUAGUUAUACCAACCCGACCCCAUGUGUAGACAGCGCUGUGUUGGCAGGAGAGCUUCUCCCAUCGACACAGCUACCGCCUCUUGGGGAGGUGGAUUAACUACACCAAUGGGAGAAGCUCUCUCCCGUCAGAUUAUAGCGUCUCCAUUAAACCACCACAGAGGCACAGGGCGCAGUUGUGCCAAUGCAGCGUGUUAAGUGUAGACGUGCCCUAAGGCUCAGUGUCUAGACCUGGUUCUCAGUGAUUUCAGCUCUCGCAAUCACUUAACAAAACAAGGACUCUCCAGUGUGUCUGAUCAGCUCUGCCUUUACACAGUGGCGAGGGAGAGGGUGAAAUGGCGUCUAGGACUCUUUAGGGCGAGCCCACACCCCUGAAUACAGACAUCUGCCCCCACCCUCUUUCUCUCUCACUGUCAUGGGGAUUUGGCAUCCCCACCCCCCCGCUUAGCGAGUGAGUGUCAAUCAGGGCAGGCUAAGCACAGUUCUGCUGCCCUGUCCUCACACAGUCAGGGUGACAACAUGCCAUUCCCCUGCACUCCCCACUAAAGUGAUGUGUAACCCAACACCAGGCAAAAGGGAUCCCUUUGGCAAAGCAGUUCCCUCCACGAAGUCCCUAGGCACAGUAGGUGCUUCCGGAAACACAGUCUGUUGCUGAAUUUGUUCCCCCAGCUCAUCACUCCAUGUCAGAGGGGAGCUCAGUCCAACCCCACUUACACAGCAAUGAAGAACGUGGAGGGGAAGCGGAGCCUUGCAUGUCAGAAACACCUCCCUGCUCCCGCCCAGCUCCAGACACUGCAGCCUUCGCAUGGGGGAGGAAGCUGCUGGUACAUUACAAACAGCUGAUUUCUGUUCCUUGAGGUGGGGAAGGGAGCAGGCUGUGUCUUUCCUGGGCGUGGGAACCCUGUUAGAACCACCCCCAGCAGCUGGAAUAUUCCACAGAAAAAUCAGGCGUAACCCCAUUGAAUUCAGGAGAGUUACUCCUGCCCUGCACCCGGGUAAAUGAGAGCAGUAGCUGGCCCACCUCAGCACCACACUGGUGUCCCGCAGCUCUGACUCAUCUCCCAAAGCCCUGGGAAGUGGCCAGUCUCCAAUCUUAAGGGUGGAGUCUCAGGGGAAGGAAUAACCGACGUCCUGGUCAGGAACCCAGAGGGGCAUCAUCCCUAGGACAUUACAAGGCCUAGUGGUUGAGGAGAUACCAAGAGCUUUUCACCUCCAGAGCAGCUUCUGACCCCUUGUUGAGGAGAGGGGCCAGACCCGCCUGUGUUGGACCUGCUGUGACAGUGUACCCCAUAAGGCUUUAUAUGGGGGGGUGUGCUUAUAAGUGUAUGUAUGGCAUAACUGGAAUAUGUUUUGUGCUGCCUGUGCCAUGUAACAGAUCUCCGUAAAGGUUCUGGUCUACUAUAUCUAUUC